AUGACGAUUCGUGGCAAGAUUGUGAUUUAUUUUAUUCUAUUAUCAUUUGUCACUUCUGCAUGCUUUGCUAUACUCACAUCGCCAUUCUUCACCAUGCGUAAAGGACCGCGAAAUCCGUUCCGCAUACUCGAUUCGAUCGUUGAUGCACGGCCAACAUCCAGUGAGUUAUCAGAGCCGAUUGAUGGAACUGAUCACCCAAUCGACACCUACCCAAAACGUAAGAUAUGA